ACAAGUCAAUCUCGUCAACUAUAUCACAUUUGAUACUCCCCCACAUAAGUCGCUGCCAAUUGGCCUUCAUUACGGAAUGUUUGUUUUUGUGUGCAAAACUAUUUUCAACUCGCAAUUUGCGCUGAUUGCUGACGGUGGUGCAAACACCGGUCACAUUUGCCACUUUUUCUCCCAUCAAGCGAGAAACCGACUUCAAACCUUCACGUGAACGUACGCACCUCGCACACACCCAGGAUGGUGCUACCGAAGCUGGCCGAUCCGUUCGCCGUGAUGCCACUGCUUCUACGCCUGCAGCGAUUCGUAGGGCUGUGGGGCGAACGACGCUUUCGGUACAAGUUCCGGUUGGCUUUCCUAAGCUUCUGCAUUCUGGUCGUUAUCCCCAAGGUUGCCUUCGGCUAUCCGGAUCUCGAGACAACCGUACGCGGGACAGCUGAACUGAUAUUUGAGUGGAACGUACUGUUCGGGGUACUGCUGUUUUCGCUCAAGCUGGAUGAUUACGAUGACCUGGUGUAUCGUUACAUGGAUAUAGCAAAAAUAGCUUUCCAUAAGGAUAUUCCUGCGCAGCUGGGCGAUUACCUUGUACACAUCAACCAUCGGAUCGAUAAGUUCUCAAAGAUCUACUGCUGCAGCCACCUGUGUUUGGCCAUCUUCUAUUGGGUCGCUCCCUCUUCGAGCACCUACAUGGCUUAUCUGAGCACUCGCAACAAAUCCCGCCCCGUGGAGCAUGUGCUACACCUGGAGGAGGAGCUUUACUGGUUCCACACCCGUGUAUCGCUGGUGGAUUACUCCAUCUUCACAGCGAUCAUGCUGCCGACCAUCUUCAUGCUCGCCUACUUCGGUGGACUAAAGCUUCUGACCAUCUUUAGCAAUGUAAAGUACUGCUCGGCGACCCUGAGACUGGUUGCGAUGAGAAUUCAACUGAUGGACCGUUUGGACGAGGUUCAGGCCGAGAAGGAACUGGUCGAAAUCAUUGUGAUGCAUCAGAAGGCUUUAAAGUGUGUCGAACUGUUGGAAAUAAUAUUCCGCUGGGUUUUCCUCGGUCAGUUCAUACAGUGCGUAAUGAUCUGGUGCAGUUUGGUCCUUUACGUUGCCGUAACGGGACUCAGCACUAAAGCGGCCAACGUGGGCGUACUGUUUAUACUGCUAACGGUGGAAACAUACGGAUUCUGCUACUUCGGAAGUGAUCUAACAUCGGAGAGUCUUAGCGUUGCUCGUGCGGCGUACGAUUGCUACUGGUACCAGCGGUCGGUUUCUAUUCAGCGGAAGCUUCGGAUGGUUUUGCAGCGUGCCCAAAAGCCGGUCGGUAUCUCUGCCGGCAAGUUUUGCUUCGUCGACAUUGAACAGUUCGGGAAUAUGGCAAAAACGUCAUACUCGUUCUAUAUCGUGCUGAAGGAUCAGUUUUAAAGGAAAAUCAUUACCGCAUUGAUUGUCCCUGCAGACAGCGGUAGGGAAACGAUGUAUGCUACCGACUACCGACUAGCUACCGACUAGCAAUUACACAUCAAAGGUCAACGGAACAAAAAUCGAUAGAUUAAAGCUAGCAAAGAGGACGGCAAGGGACCUAUAAUCAUUGUGUUUCGUUUGACGUUAAUCAUGAUUAUUAACUGCAAUACAUGCUAGUUUUUGCGACAACUUCAAAUAGAUGAAAAGCGCACCC